ACAGGAAGCUGAGUUCAAUAAGCAGCAGGCACGUCACCAAAACGCACAAGCAAAGCAUACUGGUGGUCAAGUCGGCUACACCACUGGUGGGGAUACUAGAACCGGCUAUAAUACCGACACCACCGGCGGCUACAAUACUGCGUAUGAUAAUACGGGCUGUGCAGGGGACAACAGGGGUGGCCAUGUUUAUGGCACUACUGGAACUGAUACUGCUACUCACCUAACUGGAGGGGGUUAUGUUGUGACAGAGAACACAGCUGCAGGCUACGGAACAGGGGCACCAGCCGGAGCGGGGGCCUUGGGUACUACGGCAGAUGAUGGUGUUAUGAUGGGCCGUGGAGGCAACACUGCACAUGACAUCCGUUCUGGUGGUGCUGAUGCUGCACGUUGCUAUGGCACCGGUACCGGCGGCAACCAUCGUUGAAACGGGCUUGUUUAGGAUUUAAUAUGAGUUUGCUUGCAUGUAUGUUUUGUUUUAUGGUGUCAAGUAUGGUUGACAAUGUUAAUUACUAGUAGCUAGUAGAGUUGUUCGUUUAUUGUUCGUAGUAUUAUGUAUGUUCCCGCAUUGUUGCGGUGCUGUGAAACGUUUUCUUGUCACUUCACUGAAGAAUAAAAAGUGGGAGUAAUU